AUGUUUGAGGACAUAACCACAAAUUAUUACCAGAAAUGUGGAGAGGAUGGGUCUGCUUUGACCGAAGACUUGCUACGAUUUCGUGAGAUUAAUCUAAGGCUAUCCAAAUUAAAGGAGCAAAAAAUGCUUCCCCGAGAGAUCACCACCAAGAUUACAAAACCGAAACAUAAAAGACAUUUUUUAAGGAGGUUAAGAGAUGAGUUCAGAGAUUUAGUUCGACCAGAAGAAACAUUCGAAAUAUGGAAUCAAGAGAACCUUAGAACUUAUAGAGUUCAUUCCGAAGUUAAAGAAUUAAAUGACGAUUUAAUGAUAGAUAUAUUAACACAAGCACUCGAUGAAGACUUUGAUGAUUAUGAUAAUCAUAGGAUAAAAGAAUUACAGGACAAACUCAUGGAUAUUGGGAAGCGGAAAUUAGUUGACUCACUGUCUUCAGAAUAUUUACUUAGAACUAAUGGAUUUGAAAUAAUACCCCAUCAAAGAAAUAUUACGGACCAUUAUAGAUAUCACUUACACAACUUGACCAUCUUCCUACAUUUGUCAAUGGCCAAAGAUAAUUGGGACGUAGCAUAUAAAAUAUUCUGUUUGAUUCUAAGAAUGCCUGAUUUAGAUAUACGGAAUUUUUGGUCUUUAGGAGUGGAAAUUUUGAAACAAAAGGCAAUGAGAUCGAAUUUUAAAUUAUUUACUUCAAAACAGCAAAGGUUUUUCACUUGGUUAGUUUCAUUUUAUGUUUUGAAAUUCAAAAAUCCAUCAUACAAUUCCUUGGCUCCGAUAUACAAGUCAGGAAGUUUGACAAGGGUACCAAUUUAUUUCAUUACUUCCUUGUGGUCACUUUUAUCACAAAAUGACUACAAGAAAGUCAUUGAUGACGUUGAAGGUUUAAUACUUAUUCGUCCGUAUGAUACCGAUGGUACUUUACAUUUCAUUUUGACUGUGAGUUAUUUAAUGCAAACGACAAAACUUUCAUCGGACUAUGAAAUGGCCAAUAACUCCUCUCGAAGUGAUUUGUAUCUCAAGAUCACCAAGAAUUUCAGAACCAUAGAAAAAUAUUUGGAGAAAUGUGACAAACUAGAUUUUCAAUACCCUAGAGACUUAAUUGACGAGCAAAUUAAGUAUAUAACGGAUACUCUUGCCAGAGCAGAUAAUCAAGAUAAUGAAAACAGCUUAGAUUCAACAGACGAUUACGACAAUGAAAGCGAUGAAGAUACGAAUGAUAACGAAAUUGACAUGGAUGAAACUAGAAUAAUUGAUAAUGACUUCAUACCAACACAGGUAGAUCAAAACAGCUCACAACUUUCAGCUAAGAAAGGAGUAAGGUUUGCAGAGCAUCCAAUGACACCACCACGAAUGAAAGCAGGUGAAUUCUCCGAUGAAGAAGCAUUGAAACCUUCACAGGUUCCAAGCGAUGAGGAGAUCGAGUUCACUGAUGACGAAGACCAAUUCAAACCCUCACAGAUUCCUAGUGACGAAGAGAUCCAGUUCUCUGAAGAUGAGAUGAAACCAUCACAAAUACCUAGCGACGAGGAAAUUGAAUUCUCUGAUGACGACAUGAAACCUUCACAAAUACCAAGUGAUGAAGAAAUAGUGUUUUAUGAAGAUGACACCAAAGUUCAAGUACCACAAUCAUCCCAAAUAGAAGAAAUCGAUUUUGAUUUCGAUUAA